GUUGUCUGUAAAAUGUCAAUAUGUUCACCUGCAGGCACAUUUUUCUGCAGGAUAGGUUUUAAUUGAUUUGCGUUGUAAGCUGAUUGAUAACCUUUCCAACUGUAAACUUGUUUAAACAAUUUGCUUUAUUUUCUUCUGGACAGCUGAAACGAAGUCCAACUGAGGACAACAUUGUAAGAACGUCACCCAACAUACCCUGACUGCAUUAUCCAGCAUACUCGCGUGUUUGCCAGAUUCAUGUUGCAAAACUUAGUUUGUGUCAGGUGAACGCUGGAAGGGUAAUGAAGGUGGAAUCUGACAGCCAUAUGCUUGAUCUUGUAAGUCUCAAGGGCAGACUCUACUGAUAGGUCUGUGCCUGUUCUGAUGGCCGGUGAAACAUACCUUGAUGCUUGUUCCAAAUUCAUGACAUGCCCAUGGAAUUAUUGUGUUUCAUAAUAUGUGGACUCUGUAAAAGGACAUUUUCAUACAGUGGUUCAUUUAGUUUGUCUACCAAAAAUGACGUCCAGCAGUGGAUAUACAUGCAUCUCAAAAUAAUUCUGUCCGUUUUAUCAUUUUCACUUGACUGUGACUUUCGGAGAAAUUAAAAUGGCAUUAAAAUGGCAUCAUUUGAAAGAGGGACUAUUGCUGGGCUGUUUCAUGGUUGGGUAAAAUAGGCUUUAUGCUGAACAUCACUUGCAGAAACCGGAAAACAGGUCUCAUCACAUUCAGUUCUGGUCUUUUGUGCUUUUAGCUCCAAAUGCCUUCAAAGGAGCUAAAGAUGAUCGAUGUCCAACUUAUAUACAGAUUGGUAUAUACACGUUUUUUAUUUCUUUAUAUUUUCUUCUUCUCACAGACAGAAGAAAACGGCAAAAAUUCAAAACAGCUAGCUGAAUUUCUCAAAAAUCCAUAUCGCUGUGACUUCAUACUGCUGUUAACACUUCAUCCGACAAGCGGAUGUAGAGACCUGUUUUCCGGUUUGGUCAUGUGACAUUCAACAUAUACCCUAUAUAGACCACUUCAGAAGAUGUAAACAAUGCUGGUCCAACGCUGGUGCAGAAGAACUUCCUGUUUCAGUGUUCUAACAUUACAUUAAUAUUUGAACAAAAUACAACCAACACAACAUUUAUAACCCAAUCGAAAUGUUAAACAACUACCUUAAAGAGCUUAAUGAAACAACCCAGCAUUUCAGAAGUAUGUGAAUAUGAAAAUAUCAAAAGAUUUGAUCAAAUUCCCCUGAACAAUACGUUUGUGGGGGGAGGCAGGAGGAAAUUAAACCCUGUUGUUCUGCUAUCAGAAAAGGAAUUGUUUCUUGUUCUCUGGAAAAAAAAUGGUGCUUUUUCUUUAGCUUUGUGCGUCAUAAAUGUCUGAUGUGGACUUCACACUUCACCUGGGGUUAUUUACAGGGCUGAUUAUUUGGAAAUUAUUCAUCGUCAUUGUUUUUUCAUAGUACAUUUCAUGAUGCAGCAAAACUAGAGCGGGAAUCAAAACGAAAAGCACAUCAGAAUUUGUUAGGUACUUUAAUGGUGUAGAAGGCCUUUCAGGUAACAUAUUCUGAGAGCUCUCUGUUCUGAGAAACAAAUAAUGGAAAAACAAAGUUUUUUGCUAAAAUGUUGCUGCUUUGUCUUUUAAUGCGUUUGUACUAGUUUCAGUUUCAUGCAGUGGGUACAGAAAGCCCCUAAAUGCACAUGAAAGUCAUUCUGCUGAAGUCAGUAGAAUCGAGACAUGCUUCCAAAUUAAACCAACAUUACAGAUGGAGAGAAAGAUAGAUGUCUUAUGUAAGGUUGCAGGUGUAGAUUUGAGCCUCAGGCCUCAGUUACAGUCAGGCGUCUUACUGUACCCUAGAGCAUCAGUUUCUGCUGAUCUGUUCAUGUGAGGAACAGGGCAGAGAGACUGUAAAGAGUGCCAAAUUAUCAACAUAAAUUUACAAAAAAAAUCUCAGAACUACGCAAUAGCAGUUUAAAGGUUAAGGGUCCAGCGUGUCAUUUUUUAAGAGAAUCUAUUGACAGAAAUGCAAUAUAAUGGAGUCAUUAAAAUACUUCCAUAAUAUACUAUGUCUUCCGAGGUGUAUAAAGAGCUUACAUAAUGAAGCGUUAUGUUUUUAUACCUGAGAAUGAGCUAUUUCUAUCUACAUACACCGCGGGUCCCCUUACAUGGAAUUCGCCAUGUUGUUUCUACAGUAGCCCUAAACAGACAAACUGCUCUACAGAGCGCGUUUCGUAAAUACGUUAUCUCCUUCAUCAAAGAAGCGAAAACGUGAAGAGAUCUUAAUCCUGUGAGAGUUUACAACCUCACCGCUAGAUGUCGCUAAAAUCUCCACAUUGCUCCUUUAAUUCACACUGAUCUAACAAACACCAGCAUUUCAAGCGUUUGUUGGAUCAGUAUGAAUUAACCUUCAACCUUAUUUAAAGCUGCAAUCCUUAUUUUUUGUUAAAAGAAGAAAUCGUUUAAAACCGUAUCCUUACAUUAACACAUUCCGCAACAGUAAACGUAUUAUAAUGAUUUAUAAUUUAUAAGUUGUUGGGGUGAAUCGCUCACACAAAAAUGAUAUUUAGGCAUUUUAUCAAAUCUCACCCUAAGACACUUGUAAAACAGCAUUGAACAACUUCCCAUGUAAUCUAGGCUCUUAGUUGCCUGUUGUACAAUAUUCAGCCCAAGUCAUCUAUUUCAAAAGUAUUUUAAUUAAAUACCAACCUGAUUUCACAGGAAUUCGUAGCGAUUUUAUGAGGUAGCUAAUUCAUAUGAAUUCGUACAUUGUGAAUCAUAAAAAAAUGUAUGCAAUCCAGAGGCCCUACCCCUAACCCCGCCCAUAAACUUCACAUCACAGGCGCAAAAGCGAAUCGACUAAAAUUGUUUUAGAAUUAGCCAUUUGCAUUGAGAUUGUGUUGUAAAUACAGUUUCAGUGUCAGUACCUGUGUACCAUUGUGAAAUAAUGUAGCAAAGUUUACUUUCCCUUCUCUCAUUGUAAAUGCCAAUGGCAUAACAUGGCCACACAUACUGGGGGGUCCUGGAUUGGUCAUAGAGCUUUCCUGAGAAGACCACUGUGCUGAGGCAGCCGAAACUGCCUAUCAGAGAUGAACAAAGAGCGGUGACCAGCAUCACCAGGUUUCUGUCACAAAGGUACAGAAACAACAGAGUUGCAAACAAAGACCCCACUUUCCAGAAGGCCGGACCACCAUAAAGGGACACGCAUUGCUAGCUGUCGCCGUUUAGCCGAGGGCUGGUCAGAGGAUAUUCAUACUUGAUUUGUGAGAAUGUCUAUGGGCAAAUAGUGGCAUUGGAAGAGAAAUGCCUAUGCCACGACGCCGAUCGUCUUUCCUGGGCCAGGCUGCUAAUGAGUGGCCGGGCGGUAUGGGCCGCAUGAGCGCGGCAGGGACCUCUGCACCCCGGAGUGUGUUUGUAGGGAUGGCCCCCACCGGUGGAGCCAGCAGCCUGGGUGCACGCGUGUCCCGCAGAGCUCUGGGCAUCAGCAGCGUGUUCCUGCAGGGCCUCAGGAGUAGCGUCCCUGUGGUGACCCAGCACGGUGACAGAGGCCACCAGUUUGGCUUCGACAGUCUCAACACGUGCCUGCUGGAGUACCGUGAUAAAGUUCACGCUCUGGAAUAGCUUAACCAGCAGCUGGAGGAACAGAUCAGACACUGCCUGGAUUGUAAAGCGUCUAGCGCCGGGACGUGGGGCGGCCUAAAGCAAGACUGGGAGGAUGUUUAUAUACAGGUUAGUGACACCAUCCUGGACAACGCUCGACUUAUGCUCCAGACUGAGAAUGUUCAAGCUAAUGCAGAGGACUUUAAGCAGAGGUAUGAGAACGAACAGCCGUUUCGUAAGGAGGUGGAGGACGAGAUUAAUUCACUGUACAAGGUCAUCGAUGAUGCAAACCUCACCAGGACAGACCUGGAGAAUCAGAUUGAAAGCAUGAAGAAUGAACUGAUGGAUCUGGAGCACAGUCACGCAGAGGAUGUCAGAGUGCUUUAUAAGCAGUUGGCUGGCCAUGAGGUAGAUGAACCAGAUGCUCCCAUUGAGACCAGUCUGGACCAGAUUCUAGCUUUCAUUUGUUCCCACUGGGAGAAGGUCAUCGAGAAGAACCGCGCUGAAACCAAUGCCUACCUUGAGUGCAAGCAGUCUGACAGUGUGAACAGUAAGCUGAGUCGAGAAGAGGAGGAGCUCGAGGGCCUAAAGACGGAGUGCAAUGAUGCCGGGUGUAAGAUUAAAAGUCUACAGGCCGAGAUUGAAUCUAUUCGAGCUCUGAAACGUGGCCUGGAGAACGCCCUCAAUGAUGCCAAGCACUGGCAUGACAUUGAGCUGCAGAAUCUGGGCUCUGUUAUCGGGAAGUUUGAGGCAGAACUCGCCGACGUCCACGGGGAUAUCGAGCAGCAACGGCGGGACUACGAAACUUUGCUUAAUAACAAGAUGAAACUGGAGCUGGAGAUUGGAACGUAUCAUGGCAUCCUGGACAGAGAGGAGAGGAGAUUCGGCUCUUCAGCGUGCCCAGGUGGUUCCUCAGUGCCCGAGGGACGAACUGCCCCCACAACUUCCACCUGUGGACCAAAGAGCGGUCCACAGACUACAGGUUGUAAUGCUCCCGGAGCUUCAGAGGAAAAUAAGAACGAAUGAAUUAUGUAUAAACACAGUAUUGCUAAAUUCACAUUGAGAGUUCUAUGGUGGUGGAUGUCAAUUCUUCAAGGCCACCCACGAUCCACAACUAUAUUGGAAGCCUCCCCCUCACUUACAAUUUCUACCCAAUAAAACAUUCUUGAGCUUGGCAUAACUGAAAAGAUCUGUUUUC